GGAGACAAGAGGUGCGGUGGAGGCGCCCGGCACCAAGUCGUCCGAAAGUUGUGCGCAGUGGUAGACUCCGCGCAGCUGCAGAGGAUGGAGUGCUGUGGACGCGGCUCCGGGCCGCAGCCGUCGCUGCUGCUGCUGCUGCUGCUGUCGCUGCUGCUGGUGGUGUCCGGCGCUGGCGCAGCCCCGCGCUCGGCGCUCUACUCGCCCUCCGACCCGCUGACGCUGCUGCAGGCUGGCACCCUGCGCGACGCCGUGCUGGACUCCCAGAGCGCCUGGGCGGUGGAGUUCUUCGCCUCCUGGUGCGGCCACUGCAUCGCCUUCGCCCCGACGUGGAAGGCGCUGGCCAAAGACGUCAAAGGUUGGAGGCCGGCGCUGAAUCUCGCCGCCCUGGACUGUGCUCAGGAGACCAACACCGCAGUCUGCAGAGACUUCGACAUCCCUGGCUUCCCGACUGUGAGGUUCUUUAAGGCCUCUUCCAAGACCGGCUCAGGAGCUACACUGUCAGUGGCUGGUGCUGACGUGCAGAUGCUGCGGGAGAGGCUCAUUGACGCCCUGGAGUCCCAUAAUGACACGUGGCCCUCCGCCUGUCCCCCACUGGAGCCUGCCAGGCUGAAGGAGAUUACUGGAUUCUUUGCAAGAAAUGAUGAAGAUUACCUGGCCCUGAUCUUUGAAAGGGAAGGCUCCUACCUGGGUAGAGAGGUGACUCUGGACCUGUCUCAGCGCCGGGGCAUAGUGGUGCGCAGGGUCCUCAACACACAGCAUGACGUGGUGAACGAGUUUGGUGUCACCAGCUUCCCAUCUUGCUACCUGCUGUUUCGGAAUGGCUCUUCCUUACGGAUCCCCGUGCUUAUGGAAUCCAGGUUCUUCUACACCAUGUACCUGAAGAGGUUCUCCAGGGACACCAGCGAGACUGUCCCCACCCCGGCUGCGCCGAACACCUCUAGACCCAUAGCCCCUACCGUGUGGAAAGUUGCAGAUCCCUCCAAGAUCUACAUGGCUGACCUGGAAUCUGCACUGUACUACAUCCUCCAGGUAGAAGUGUCCAAGUUCUCUGUCCUGGAGGGGCAGCGCCUGGUGGCCCUGAAAAAGUUCAUGGCGGUGCUGGCCCAGUACUUCCCUGGCCAGCCCUCGGUCCAGAAAUUCCUGCAUUCCAUGAGUGACUGGCUCAAGAAGCAACAGAGAAAGAAAAUUCCCUACGGUUUCUUUAAAACUGCCCUGGACAGCAGGAAGGAGGGUGCUCUGCCUGCCGACAAGGUGAACUGGGUGGGCUGCCAAGGGAGUCAGCCGCACUUCCGCGGCUUUCCCUGCUCCCUGUGGGUCGUCUUCCACUUCCUGACCACGGAGGCAGCUCGACAAGAUGUAGACCACUCACGAGAAACAGUCAAGGCCCAGGAGAUCCUCCAGGCCAUCCGGGGCUACGUUCGCUUCUUCUUUGGCUGCCGAGCCUGCGCUGGCCACUUUGAGCAGAUGGCCACUGAGUCCGUGCACCAGGUGGGGAACCUGAGCAGCUCCAUCCUCUGGUUCUGGUCUAGGCACAACAAGGUCAACGCUCGCCUCGCAGGUGCUCCCAGCGAGGACCCCGAGUUCCCCAAGGUGCAGUGGCCACCCCGUGAGCUCUGUUCCGCCUGCCACAGUGAACUCCAGGGUGCGCCCGUGUGGGACCUGGGCAACACCCUCAAGUUCUUGAAGACCCACUUCUCCCCCAGCAACAUCGUCCUAGACCUUCCUUCGGCUGGCCUGGGCCCCCGGAGGGGUGCAUAGAGGAUGGCAGUCCCCGCAAGCUUGUUUGAAGUCCUCCCUCAUUCUUCCUGAAGCUUCAGUGAUUCCCGCUUGGUGUUGGCCCUAAACUGGGGCAAGUGAGGCUGCAGUCUCCAAGGUUUCCCAUCUCCAGAGGAGGGGCCCCUGGGGCUGGAGUGGACUCCUUACUACAUCCCGGGACUCCGUCCAUCCUGCUACAAAGAGCCCUUUGCACCAGAGAAGGAAGGACUACCUCUGGCCCUCUGUGCCCGCCCGUCCUCCAGCCCCUCAGACCCUCCUGGGUGGGGUUUGGCUUUACGGUGGGCUUCGGAAGCUUCUGGAAGUCAUGCUGGUCUCCCAGGUGAGGUCUGUGGGAGGAGGGCCUCUGGCCGGCUCCUUCCCAAACCUUGGGUACAGGAAGGGUACAGGCUGGAAUCGGUGUGGUGAUGGU